AUUGUUUGUACGGUUUCUUCCCCUGAAGUCCACCACAGCCUCAUCAAUGUGUGUGGCGAAGAAUGAGAUAGCCUUCUGCAAAAUUUCACUCCCCAUCUCCACCCAAAAAAAUCCCUUCUUUCAAUCUGAACACACCAUCGCACAUUUCCAAUCAAGUACUACCUCCCUUCUUUUUAUCAAACCGGAAACAACCACACCAAAAGCCAUGGCCAGCAUGAUCAUGGCCUCCUCAAAACCUAUUAUCCCCAUCACAUCUUCCCUCUCUUCCAAACCCAAACUCCAACAAAUCCCACAACUUUCCCUCCCAAAAAUCCCCACUCCAAAAUUCUUGAAACCCCAACAAAUUCUAUCACUCUCUUCCUCCACUCUCAAAUCCAUUUCCCUCUUAACAGUCACCUCUUUAUCCUUUGCCCCACCUUCUCUUGCUGAAGAAAUAGAAAAAGCUGCUCUUUUUGACUUCAACUUAACUCUUCCAAUUAUGAUGGUUCAAUUCUUGCUUCUCAUGUUUGCUCUUGACAAGAUCUACUUUACCCCACUUGGGAAAUUCAUGGAUGAGAGAGAUGCUGCCAUAAAAGAGAAACUUGCCAGUGUUAAGGACACCUCUGAGGAAGUGAAGCAGCUUGAAGAGCAAGCUGCAGCUAUCAUGAAAGCUGCAAGAGCUGAAAUUUCAGCUGCUUUGAACAAGAUGAAGAAAGAGACCCAGUUGGAAUUGGAGCAGAAACUGGAUGAAGGAAGGAAGAAAGUUGAGGCUGAAUUGCAGGAGGCUUUGGCUAAUUUGGAUAAACAAAAGGAAGAGACUAUCAAGGCAGUUGAUUCCCAGGUUGAUGCUCUCAGUCAGGAGAUUGUCAAGAAGGUGCUUCCUCUCUAAAUCAUCUGUUUUAUUCCCAUUUUCUAUUUGGUUUAUGAUUUUGAGCGACGUCAAUCAUCGAUGUAUGUAAUCAUAAAAUUGAAUUGUAAAACAAGGGACAACUUUUUGUACUUAUUGGACCCUUGCUCGUUCGUUUUGUUUCUUUUCUUUCAUUUAUAAGUUUCAUAAUUUUGCAUUCUUUUACAAGACAACUUAUCUGCCAAAGUGGAUUAGGUGUAAAAGCAUCAGUUUCUCAAGUUCCGAACUUUUGUAAGAUGAUAGAAGGUUAGAAGCUUCAAAAACCGAGAUGGGUCUAUGUCCAUAGGCUUGCUUUAUAUUCUCAUGUACCUAGUUUUUCUAGUGUUAACCUUUUGAUCAGUAGUUUAAAUUUAUCUAUCGAUCCAUGAAUUAAUGCCCGUCCAGUUCAGUCCACGUAAGUCAACAAAGACAAUGUUGAGGUCUUAACUAGUUUGAGUGUUUCAUCUAGGAACCUUAGAAU